AUGAGCGAAGAAUUAACACUUUUGAAAGUCAAGCAGAAAAUAUUCUGGGCUGAUUACUACACUGACAGACAUAAAUUCAAGAAUUUCAACUUUAGAAAACAUGGUGUGACCAUCAAUAAUGAUUUCCUGAGUGCUCUGGCCAACAAUGAAUUUUUGACAGCCCAACACCUCAUUUAUUUCCAAUAGAUGUUUUAAUAUUAUUAUGGAGAAUUUCUAGUAUACAUAAUUGUAUUGACUAUAAAAUAGGUACUUUCAUUAGAUUGCCAUGUCUUUCCGGAAUUCAUUCCUGAUAUUACCAAUUUUAUCCUUCCAAAUAUGAUAGCCACACAAUUUAAACAGGAAUCUAGUAGAGAUUCUCAAAAUUCAUUUUCUAACUUUGAAUCAUGGUAAGAAUAAGAACAACAACAAACUCAAACCACUCAAAGUGAAAAUAAUUCCAUUUUCUAUAAGACUUUAAAUCUCAUCAAAUCUUUAAAUCCCUACAAAUUCUUUCGAAAAUCAUAACCACAAUAGGAAGAAGUUGAUUUUUAAGGAAACUAUUCAAAUCCAUUUCCCAUCAAUUAAUAGAAUAUAGUUACUUAAUAAAAUUAAGAAAUCUUGUAGAAAUACAAUUUCCAAGUGAAGAACAUCACUUAUAUCAAAAAAGAUCCACAGGAACCUACUUAAGUCAUUUCAAAAGGUGAAAUGAAAAUUAAUAAUAUAAUAAUUCUUGAAAAUGAGAAGGGCAAAUAUCAGUUUAAUAAAUUGAACGUCUAAAUAGAAAAUUUAAAAAACAGAUAUAAGUUUUCAACUAUGGUUUAAUCCAACUUUUUUAGUCUGUUUAAAUACACUUACAUUCCCAUUAAUUUACAGAACAACCAUUGGCUUUGUGCCAUUGUUGAAUUUAAGGAGAAUAAAAUAUAGUAUUUGGAUUCUAACUUUGGAACAUAGAAUAAUGUUGUCGAGGGUUUGGAACAGAUGUUAAACUAUAAAGGAGAAUAAACGAAAUGGGAAAUCCUAUUUAAUAGUCCUAAACAAGAGAACAGUUUCGAUUGUGGUGUAUUCUGCUUAAUGGCCUUAUAUUAGCUUUAUAAAACUGGUAAGUUCAUCUAAACUCAUUAAUAUAAUUAAUAAGAUAUAUAUAGUUUUAGAAAAUAAUUACUUUACUUAGCUAUAAUAGAGAGUCAAAGUGAUAUUAAUUAAAAAUUACUAAAUAUAAUUUUAGAUUUUAAACAUAAAAAUUGA